AAAUCCGCCAUUUCUAUGACACCGUCUUGGUGGAUGAUUCUAAAUCGAGUGAGCAAAAAGCGGAUGCUGCACUCCAGAUAGCCCAGCGCUGGGAAACCCUCGUAUCCAAAGCACUACCCUCAAGCCGACUGGAUUUGUGUCUCGGUUGGGAGCUAAAACAUUCCCGGCCUCCUCCUGGCCAAGCUGAUCGCGGUCACAACCACAGUAACAAAUCUUCCCAACGUUCAUACUGGCCCUCGACCAUCCCCAUUGCUACCACCGUAUCUUCUGCUGUGGUCGAUUCGCUCCCUGCAUCUCAUUCGUCGAGAAACUUAGUUGACAGAGCUCUGCCAGGAACUAAACACCUAAAACCUUCAGAACAACUUAAGUCAACUUCAGCUGGCCUGCCUUCUAGAAUUAAGGACCAAGCACAUUCUCCUUUGCCGGAAAAGGCCAGCCAUCUGGUGGUAGAAAGGAGUCUAGAAGGUGCUCCUUCCUUACCAAACACAUUCGCAACCUGUACAGACCCUAGCCGACCUAAUUUAGUUAAACUGGGUCAGCAGACCGAAUGCCAAGUAGUCAAACCCUGCCCUACCACUGCUCUCAGACAUUCUGGGAGGUCAGACACUGCGUCACCUGGAAAAGACCCCACUAAUAGACCUACUUGGUUGGAGCUUGGCAAGCUUCAAGUUUCUACGCCCUCACAGAUAUCUCCGGACAAUUCUUCUCUUUCAUUUUCAUCUUUGUUCAAAGUGCGUCAUCCGCCUGGCUUUACAAGCGCUUUCUGCCCUCGAUCAGACAAUAUAAACGAGAGUGAGCCCGGGGAAAGUGGAAGUGAAUGCAUCCAGACAGAAAGGAGAAACAGCUUUUAUAAAGAUACACAAUUUGAAGAUAGUGAAUUCCAAAGGAGGGAAAACGUAGCGGAAAGAGAAGAGAAAGGAGCGGAGAAGGAGGAAGAAGAAAAAGGAAAAGAAGUAGUGAAUAUAGAAGAACAAGAAGAAAUCAAUGAAGAAGAAAUAGAAGAAGAGGAGCAGCCUAAAGCGACAAGAGGGCAAGACGAGGAAGCUAGCCAGGAAGACCACUGUGAAGACAGCAAAGAUUUGUAUAUCAAUUCUAGUCUCUACAGCCAAAGUCUUUGUCAGUCCUUAUUGACAGUUAGUGGAGAUCUUGAGCAGACAAGCUUGUUUUGGCCUUCGGUGGAAAGUAGCAGUCUUGAGAAGGUAUAUCUUGCUGGUGAAGAAGUGUGCUGGAAACGUCUGUUGAAUGAAGCUGGAGUGGCAUCCCCCAAGACAAAAAAUCCAGUGGCAUUUGUUGGUGAACAGAGAAGUAGUCAUCGAGUAGCUCGUAGCUGGAACAAAUUUAUUUUACGAAGUGAAGAGAAAAAUAGGCAAUUCAAGAGAGAUGAUGGUGAAGAACUUCGAGUAGAAGAAGACAAUUUAGAGGAACAGACUGAGGGGCUAUUGGAGGGCGAAGGAGGAGACGAUUUAGAAGAAGAAGAAGAAGAAGAAGAAGAAGAAGAAGAAGAAGAAGAAGAAGAAGAAGAAGAAGAAGAA